CAACUCAUGCUUGGGUUUCCUAAAACCCUGAAAUCGGAGUAAUCCCAAAAUCGGGAAGAAUCAUCAAGCAAAUAAGCAGGGAAAAAUUGGGGAAGAAAACCAGUAAUCAGAAACAAAAGGAAGAUGUGGUUAGCAGGGGUGGUGAAGAACAGCAUUAAGGGAGAGAAUGGUAGCAUUGGGAGUUUGUUGGUUCGGUAUAUGUCGAGGAGUAGGGCAGUGAAUGUGAGAAAGAUCAACCCAAAGGUACCCAUUCCAGAAGCUCGUUCCAUCGCCACUUCCCUCUACGACAUCAUCAAGGACCACGGCCCUCUCACCGUCUCCAACACUUGGAUCCACGCCAAGGAAGCUGGUAUUGGUGGAUUAAAUAGCAAAACACACAUGAAGAUAAUGCUCAAAUGGAUGCGGGGGAGAAGAAUGUUGAAGUUGUUCUGUAACCAAGUUGGGUCCAGCAAGAAAUUUUUGCACUGUACCCUGCCUGAAGAACCUCAAACUAAUCAAUUAGAAAGCCCUUCAGAGCUUAAACUGCAAACCAAGAAGCCUUCCCUAAAAAGAAAGAAGAAAUCUAAAUAAAAUGUAUCUUGGGUCUUGCCUGCAAUCAAUUUUGUUGCUAUGCAAGAUCGAUUUUGAUUUGAAUCUUCCUUUUUGGUCGAAUGCUUCUACCAUGUUUUGUUUGUUGUUUUCCUAUUUUAAUCUUUUAGUUGCAAGCCCCUUCUUACUUUCUCAAUAGAAUUUUUUGAAUACGAAUUUGAUGAGUUUUAAUCUGGUCUGAUGGACUGAACAUGAUAAGCAUGUUUACCUGGUUAAUGGUUAUGCAUUCAGCGUUUGAACUGGCCACUAAGAU